AUGGCCUGCGCCAUUGUCCAGUUCUGCCACUUCCAGGACCUCCAGGCCGCCCGGGACUUCCUCUUCCCUCACCUGCGGGAGGAGACCCCCCUCGGCGCCGUGCGGAGGGACCCCAGUAAAUCAACGAACUGGGAAGAUGAUGGUUGGGGAACAUGGGAGGAAACAGAGCAUGCCCUGCAGGAACCUGAAGAAGGAAAUACUUCCAAAAUGCAAAAAACUUCCUGGCUUCAGGAUUGUGUUUUAUCCCUGUCGCCAACCAACGAUCUUAUGGUUCUAGCUCGGGAGCAGAAAGCUGUAUUUCUAGUGCCAAAAUGGAAAUACAGUGAUAAGGGAAAGGAAGAAAUGCAGUUUGCUGUUGGUUGGAGUGGCUCCUUGAAUGUCGAAGAAGGGGAACAUGUCACCAGUGCCCUGUGCAUCCCCCUGGCAAGCCAGAAGAGGAGUUCCACGGGCCGUCCCGACUGGACCUGCAUCGUGCUGGGCUUCACGUCAGGUUCUGUACGCUUCUACACGGAGAAUGGUGUCCUCUUGCUCGCGCAGCUUCUGAAUGAGGACCCGGUGCUGCAGCUUAAAUGCAGGACCUACGAGAUCCCUCGACAUCCUGGCGUGACUGAGCAGAAUGAAGAGUUGAGUAUCUUAUAUCCAGCUGCCAUUGUGACUAUUGAUGGAUUUAGCCUUUUUCAGUCUCUUCGUGCUUGUCGAAAUCAGGUAGCAAAAGCUGCAGCAUCCGGCAAUGAGAACAUACAACCACCACCCUUAGCUUAUAAGAAAUGGGGUCUCCAAGAUGUUGACACUAUUGUCGAUCAUGCUAGCAUUGGUAUUAUGACGCUGUCCCCUUUCGAUCAAAUGAAGACUGCCUCCAACAUUGGUGGGUUUAACGCGGCCAUUAAGAACAGCCCCCCUGCCAUGUCUCAGUAUAUCACUGUGGGGUCCAAUCCAUUCACUGGCUUCUUCUAUGCUUUAGAGGGAAGCAGUCAGCCAUUGUUAUCUCAUGUUGCCCUAGCAGUUGCCAGUAAACUCACUUCUGCUCUGUUUAAUGCCGCCAGCGGUUGGCUUGGUUGGAAGAGUAAGCACGAGGAUGAAGCUGCCCCGAAGCAAAAGCCAAAGAUGGAACCAGCCACCCCGCUAGCUGUGAGAUUUGGGCUUCCAGAUUCCAGACGCCACGGUGAGAGCAUCUGUCUGUCUCCCUGUAACACACUGGCGGCAGUAACGGAUGAUUUUGGCAGAGUUGUUUUAUUGGAUGUAGCCAGAGGAAUCGCAAUACGCAUGUGGAAAGGGUAUCGGGACGCCCAGAUUGGUUGGAUCCAAGUUGUUGAGGACCUCCACGAAAGAGUCCCGGAGAAGGGGGACUCCUCCCCCUUUGGGAAUACUCAGGGUCCCAGUCGAGUAGCUCAGUUCCUGGUGAUCUACGCUCCGAGGAGGGGGAUCUUGGAGGUGUGGAGCACACAGCAGGGACCCAGAGUGGGCGCUUUCAACGUGGGGAAGCACUGCAGGCUCCUGUACCCUGGCUACAAAAUAAUGGGCCUGAACAAUGUCACCAGUCAGAGUUGGCAGCCACAGACUUACCAGAUCUGCCUCGUGGACCCCAUGUCCGCAAGUGUAAAAACAGUGACUGUUCCUUUCCACUUGGCGCUGAGUGACAAGAAGAGCGAACGGGCCAAGGACAUGCACUUAGUGAAGAAAUUGUCAGUCCUGCUGAAAGCAAAGUCGCCCAGUCGUGAUUCGGUUGAAACAGAAAUAAAGGAAAUAAUUCUCGAUAUCAAGUACCCUGCAACCAAAAAGCAGGCUUUGGAGAGCAUUUUGGCAAAUGAACAUUUACCAUUUUCCUGCCUUAGAAACGUCACUCAGACUCUCAUGGACACUUUGAAAAAUCAAGAGGUUGAGUCUGUUGAUGAAGUGUUGCUGCAGUUCUGUGCCAGUAAACUGAAGCUGCUCCAUCUUUACGAGGCCGUCAGUCAGUUAAAUUCCCUUGGCUUUCAUUCAGACGCAUCAUUCUCGGAUAAUGACUUGGCUGUGUUACUAAGGCUUGAUGAAAAGGAACUCAUCAAGCUCCAGGCAUUGUUGGAGAAGUAUAAACAAGAGAACAGCAGGGCUGCUGUCCGGUUCUCUGACGACCAGGGUGGUGUGCUGCCUGUAAAAACAUUCCUGGAGUACUUAGAGCAUGAGAAAGAUGUGAUCAACAUCAAGAAGCUAAGUGAAGAGGAGUCUGUGGCUCUAGGCAGUUUCUUCUUCUGGAAGUGUCUGCAUGGAGAAAGCUCCACUGAGGACAUGUGUCACACCUUGGAGUCGGCCGGACUCAGCCCUCAGCUGCUGCUGUCCCUGCUCCUGAGUGUUUGGCUUUCUAAGGAAAAGGACAUCCUGGAGAAGCCGCAGUCUAUCUGCUGUCUGCACACGAUGCUGUCCCUCCUGAGCCGGAUGAAAGCAGUGGCCAUGGAUGACACAUGGGACUCCCAGUUGGUGUCCCCGUGGUGGCAGCAGAUGCGCACGGCAUGCAUUCAGUCUGAGAACAACGGGGCCGCCCUGUUGUCUGCGCAUGUGGGGCACUCUGUCGCCAUGCAGAUAUCGGAUGGCGCGACCGAGAAGAAGUUUUCUCAAACAGAUUUGGGUGCUGACACAGAGGCCCUCACGGACUCCUGGGAGGCCCUUUCCCUGGACACCGAGUACUGGAAGCUGCUGCUGAAGCAGCUGAGGGACUGUCUCAUCCUCCAGACCCUGCUCCACAGCAGGGCGGACACACGGCCCCGCAGAGCCCCGUCGCUGCCGGCCGAGCCGCCCCCCAGGCUCUCCGUCAGAAAGCUCCUCGAAGGAGGGAGAGGUGGCAUCGCAGACAGUGUAGCCAAGUGGGUAUUUAAACAGGACUUGAGCCCCGAAGUGUUAAAAUUGGCUAAUGGAGAAAGAGAUGCAGAAAACCCAGAUGAACCCAACCGAGGUUUAUUUGAGGUGUCGGAGGUGGACGUGGACUUGGGAGCCAUACCAGACCUGCUGCGCGCGGCCCGCGAGCAGUUCCCCUGCAGCCUGGAGCUGGACGUGCUGCAUGCACAUUGCUGCUGGGAGUAUGUGGUUCAGUGGAACAAGGACCCGGAGGAAGCGCGUUUCUUUGUUAGGUCAGUAGAACACCUGAAGCACAUCCUCAAUGCGCAUGUUCAGAAUGGCAUCGCCCUGAUGAUGUGGAACACAUUCUUGGUUAAAAGGUUUUCUGCUGCCACGUACUUGAUGGAUAAGGUUGGAAAAUCACCCAAGGAUCGGUUAUGCCGAAGGGACGUGGGAAUGAGCGACACAGCAAUGACUGCCUUCCUUGGCUCCUGCCUGGAUCUCCUUCAGACUUUAUUGGAGGCAGAUGUUAGCAGGGACGAAAUGCAGCCACCUGUCCUGGACACAGAGGAUGCUUGGAUCGCUGUCGAAGGACCCGUCUCGAUUGUGGAACUGGCCCUGGAGCAGAAGCCCAUCCACUACCCACUGGUGGAGCACCAUUCCGUCCUGUGCUCCAUCUUGUAUGCGGUUAUGAGGUUUUCUCUGAAGGCUGUGAAGCCACUGUCACUUUUCGAUAGUAAGGGGAAAAAUGCAUUUUUCAAAGACCUAACUUCAAUUCAGUUACUACCUAGUGGAGAAAUGGAUCCAAAUUUUAUUUCUGUACGACAGCAGUUCUUAUUGAAAGUCGUUAGUGCUGCUGUCCAGGCUCAACAUGCAGGUGCCAAGGACAAAGACAGCUCAGCAGAGGCACCAGGUGCUCCUCCUGGGAAAGACCUGGACUGGCCCAUUCUAGCCGUGGACUUGGCCCAACACCUUCAAGUUAGUGAAGACGUUGUCAGGAGGCACUACGUGGGGGAGCUCUACAACUACGGCGUUGACCACUUAGGAGAAGAGGCCAUCCUCCAGGUCCAUGACAAAGAGGUCCUUGCCUCUCAGCUGCUGGUGUUGACGGGGCAGAGGCUGGCACAUGCGCUCCUGCACACCCAGGCUAAAGAAGGCAUGGAGCUGUUGGCCAGACUCUCACCCACGCUCUGCACGUGGCUGAAAGCGAUGGACCCCCAGGAUCUUCAAAACACAGAAGUGCCAAUUGCGACAACUGCUAAACUAGUAAAUAAAGUCAUAGAGCUUUUACCAGAAAACCAUGGGCAGUACAGUUUAGCCUUACACCUCAUUGAAGCUGUGGAAGCCAUAUCCAUUCCUUCCUUAUGACCCUGUCUACCGAAAAGUCUCCCUCUGUGUGACAGGAAUGUGAAUUAGUGCAUGGUUAUUUUAUAUAGUAAGAGCUGGGGUUUUAUGCAGGGAAUAUGUCUUUUUUUUCUUCUUUUGUAAAAUAAAUUUAAAAAAUAUUAUACUACUUUUAAAAACUACAGCCCUGGCUAAAUUCCACUCCUUUGGUUAAUACCAAAGGCAAAAUAGAAACAAAUAUCAAUUAUAGUAUUAACUACUCAUACAGAUAUUUUACUGUUUAUUUCUAAUUGAAGCACUUAAGUGGCUUUGUUGUUAAAUUUUGCUAUUUAAAAUUGGUUUUGAUUUACAGAUUAUGUUCUUAUUAUGAGAUUCAGUAUUUCAUACUCAGAUCUUAUUGUUCUCAGCAAAUUUCAAUGUGGUCAUGUAAAUGUAGUCCCAUCAGUAAAACUAGACAAACAUCCCACCCUCCUUUCAUAGUCGUUAGGAAAACGCUUUUGUUAUCACGCUUAAUCCCUCCCUGGACUGCACCCGGCCUCGAGUUUUAGAGGCCGACAGGUUCCUUGCGAAGGAACAUGUUCAAGAUCGUCACAUUCAUCACAAGGGACACUGAGUAGAACCCGUGUUCUGGUACCAAAGGACCUGUACUUGCCAAACUUGAGAAUCUGAGAUGCAAGCCACCCACCAAAAUUAAUUAUAACACAAGGUAAGAUUUGCUUUUUGCCAAGAUUCGAAGUCGUAUCCACAUCAGGUAAUUGUAAAAAUGUAUUAUCUUGUAAAGCUUAUGUUUAAAAAAAAGGGGCAAAGAUGCUAAAAAUGUAAGUUUAACUUUAUUUUUCCUACAAGUGUUUAGAAAUGUCUGCUUCUGGGACUUGGUAGUGUGACCUGUUCUGGGAACAGUAAGAAAGUGCUUAGUGAUAUUACAGCUUUGGCGAACCUACCUCAGAGCUGGUUGACAGGAUAAAAUACGCCAACCUUGUGCCCUGGAGUGCCUCGAGUGGCCCAAGUGCUGAGUACGUAUUUCAUUGAAACCAAAUUAACCAAACUGAAGAGUGCUUUGAGCUCCACAGAUACAAAGUAUUUGGGAUGGUGUAUCUUUGGAGUGUAGCCAUACAGUGCAAUUAGUGUCACCUGUCACCGAUCACAGUUGUCAUUCAUAGUAGCUCAUGUGAUUAAGUUUGUUUCUUCACUUCCUUUUAAGAAGCCAGCUCGAGCCACUGUACAGAGUUGAGGAGUAUGUCCUUCAGGGACGUAGAGAAAAAAUCAUCAGAGUGAGGAUAUCCCAGUGUAAAUUCCUUUUAAUUAAAAAAUCACUUCCAAAGUGAUCUGGCUGUAACUUAACAAUUCCUGUUUAAUGUAAAAUCUUGAAAAGUAAAUGUGUAGGCUGAUGAGUAUUUGGGGUGAGGGCCUGUACGUCUGACUGAGGCGCACACCGUGCAGGGUCUCCUAAAAAAGCUAGUCCAGUCUCCCAGCCUCUGCUUGAAUCCGCUGCCAUCCAGGCACACUCAUGUGAUUUCUCGUAAACCAUCUAGCUUCAUAUAGUCACGUUACAUAUAUUCUAAAAGAUUGGUUCUUCCUAUGAUUUUUCUAAGUAUUCUGAAAGUAGUUAUAAAUUUUGGAAGCUGGUUAAAAAUCUUGGAAUUAUAGGCGUUUUAAAAGAUUAAAUCCUCACUCUGAUCCCAUAUCACUUUGGGGGUAAGAUUUACGUAAUCAGUAUUUUAGCUAAUAAAACAGGUUAAACUUAUUCUGGAAGGACACACAGUCAAAUUGGGGACUGUUAAGAAUAAGCUGCAGUAUGGCACGUAGAACACAACAAAUCAAGUCUCGUGAGAUUUGUAACCCUAAAAUUCACCACCCACAGAAUUUUAAAGUUGAAUUCUGAGUUGUAUGGUUAAAUGGUUUUACUAUUUCAUCAAGGGCUUUUAAAAUAAAUCUGAUUCAAGAAAGGCAAAUAAACAGCCAUGUAUAGGCAGACCUUGCUUUACCGCAUUUCAUAGAUGUGAGUUUUUACAGACUGAAGGCAAGACCGUCAGCAAAGUGGUUCUGACUCACUCUAGCGUGAGGCUCGCUUUACUGAGUGGUCUGGAACGGCACCCCAGUGGCCGCGCUCUGUGUGUGCACGUUCUGUAACAAGGAAGAGCCACAAACAAAGGAAUUGGGUGUUGUGUUGAGUGGCUGGUUCUGAAAUGAAGGGCAUGUUGUGCUUAGGGCAGUUACUGAUGGGAAGCCAGUAACCAGCCGUUUUCCUAGAUACACCCCCGCACCCCCAGCAUUAAACAGGCCUGGUGGACCGUGCUGAAUCCCACUGUGUAAUGAUAGCUGUGUCUAUAGUACAGGGCGUUUAGACAGACUCCCAAGAGCCAGGGUAAAUGUUGGUAAAGAGGAGCAGCAUCAAGCUUCUAAAAGCUUCCUUCCUUUGCAAAAAGAAAAACAGUCUUUUCUCAUUUCACCUUUGUUAUAAAAAUCCAUCUUAGGUCAAAGUAAACACUGUUACAUUUAAAUUGCUUUUCAAAAACAAUCAAAAAUUAACUGCAAUUUAAAGUCACAGAAAUCUCAGCUUUAAUAAUACUAAGCUUACAUGGAAUAUAACGUUCAGUUAGAAGUGGCUGUGUUUCAUCUAAUUUUUGAGAGAUAUUUUAAAGGCCUGAUAGCAACAGGGAAACCCUCUCGCCCUGACAGGAAUGGAUUGUUGGAUGUAGAUUCCACUGCGUAGAAUUAGCCAUCCCUAGGAAGAUUUAACCCAACAUGGAGUUGUUUAUAAAAUCCUCUAUUUAGUGUAACGUACUGUAAGUAGUGCAAUUCUGUAUAUACUGCUGUUUUCUGUCUGUUCAUUGUUGUGAAUUUAUGUAUAUUAGUGAAAUAAAUUUUCAGCUUUCCUGUU